UUAGCUCGUUGGUGUGUACUGGUGUGUGACGUCACCUUGUGGCACAACUUGGGUAUUUCAUUAUUAUUUAUAUUUUUGUCUACAUUUAAGUUACUAAAGGUCAUGCUAAUGUUUAAUCACAAACUUUACUAAGUCUUAUUUUCAAUUAAAAUGGUUAUUUCGUGUGCUGCAUAUAAUUGUACUGAAAGGUACAGAAAAAGAAGUGGGAUUUCAUUUCAUUCAUUUCCAAAUGAUGCUGUCCUCAGAAAGAAAUGGAUUGUGGCACUGCGCAGGGAUGGUUUCAAUCCGUCUAAAGUAACUAAAAUCUGUUCAAACCAUUUUACAUCAGAUUGCUUCCGUAAUAGUGGAUGGAGUUCUCUCCGAAUUUUAAAUGAAGAUGCUGUCCCUACAAUCUUCGACUUUUCUGAUCAUUCAAAAUCUGGCAAAAGAGGGAAGCGCCUAAAAAGAUUGAAUGUGCAAUGUUGUGUUCUUGGAUGCGAGGCGGUCAAGACAGACAUUGACCACGGUUCUGGCUUACGCUUCUUCGCAUUUCCAGAGGAGAGAACUGUGAAAAAUCGUUGGAUUGAAGCCAUCCAAAGAAAGGACUUCGACCCUAAUGUGCACAAAGCUGUUUGCAGUCAGCACUUUGUUGAAAGUGAUUAUGUUAUCCAACAAGGCUCAGACGAAAAAAGAUUAAAAGUGAGAGCUGUUCCAUCCAUUUUCCCCUUACAACGCCAACCAAGAAUGGGAGGAGCAGAAGACGAUGUAUUUAAUAUUAUUUACGACAUGAAUCCAGCAGAUUAUGAUACUUCCGAUCAGGACCAAGAUUUUGAAGUACCUGAGAUAAUAAGUGAGGACUAUAGUAUGUGUCAAGCACCAGAGACAAGAAGUCAAGACAAUAUUCAACUAUCAAAAAAUCAGUUCAAAUUAGUCGGAAAGACCAGAGACCAGGGGACUCAAACUUCUUGCAAGGAUUCGGCUAAAUUAAAAUUAUAUCGUUGUAAAGUGAAAUCAUUGCUUCAAAGUGUACGGAGAAAAGAUAGAAGGAUUAAACAAAUGGAAGAAGAGAUUGCUCUUAUGAAAGAGAAGAUCAAAUCCUUCAAACUCAGUAAUUUGAAAUUGCAGGCAUUAAAUAAUAUGGAGUAACAAAUAUUUUUGGAGCUCUCCAGAUUACAUUCUAAUAAAAAGCCUUGCUCGUUCAAGUAAUCUACAUUAUAUUUCCUGAAAAAAUAUCACAAUCGAUAUUUUUAUUCUGUGAUGGACAAUCGACAAAUAAUUUGUUUUCGAAGGAAAAUAGAUUAGUGCUACUUUCAAUUGUAAAACAACGUUUUUUAAUACUCCCAAACUCAUUUUUAUUCAUAAUUCCCAAGAUGCCAAAUUCACAGAGUUUGGAAGUAUUUAUGAUCUCAAAAUUAGUGAAACCUAUAUUUUUACGUAAA